UCUACGUGGGUAAACGACUGAGUUUUACCGCGCAAGUUUCGGUUUUAUUUUCAGAGAAAUAGGCUCGUUUGCGUUCACGUGUCCGGUUGCUCUCCAGCACGAGCUUAAAUCCCGUUUGAUAUCAAACAACACCCCCUUUAACGAUGUCCGUGGUGCUCCACGGAAGCCUCGGCUGGGUUUUGGAUUCAUGCUCGCUUAUCGAGCGGGGAUAUUCGCCGUGCAUACGAUGGAGAGAGAAUCAGAAGUCAGCUGUCAAGUGUAGUUUCAAAAGGCAGUGCUUCCAGGUUUUCAAGAGCUACUAUAACGAGAAUAACAGAGCAGAUGUGGAUGCAGGGAACACGGAGGUGCUGCAGAAAACAUGCAAACCCUCAAAGAAAAGGAAACGAAAACACCAUGAACUCAACCAAGGGGAAAUUGAUUCACUGGUCUUUCACGAGAAGAUAAAGUCUGUUAUUCUGGAGGGAACCAAGUACUUGGUGGAUUCUGCACAACCGCUCGGCUAUCUGAAUGGACAGACAAACGUGGACAAAGAGCCUCUUCCUUCACAGGAGUGCAACCUCGCUGCUCUUUGUGAAAUGGCUAAAGAUCUCCCUCUGGUGGAGGAUGAGGAGCAGGAACGGGGCGCUCAGUUACUUGUUGGCGAGGAUGGCUGUACGUCUCACGUCGACUUGUUCUCUCAGGUGACAGAGAACAAGGCGGACUGGGCUACCGUGGUUACCCUGAUGGGAGAGGAGUAUGUAAUACCCCCACACACGGCUUUCCUGCUGUCUGAUUUCACGAGGAUACAGCCAUUAGUCCACUACGGAACAAGGUUCGACCUAAUCGUUAUGGAUCCACCAUGGGAAAACAAGUCUGUGAAAAGAAGUCGCAGAUACGGCUCGUUGCCCUCAUCCCAGCUAAAGCGGCUCCCUAUUCCCCUGCUGGCAUCUCCAAACUGUUUAGUGGUGACCUGGGUGACAAACCGGCCAAGCCACCUGCGUUUUGUCCGUGAUGAGCUGUAUCCACAUUGGGGCGUAGAAGUUGUGGCCGAAUGGUUCUGGGUCAAGGUCACCACAUUUGGGCAAUUUGUGUUUCCGCUAGACUCACCACACAAGAAACCGUAUGAAGUCUUGGUCCUGGGCCGAUAUCGUUGCUCUGCUGAUAUCUCAGAGAGCCCCUCAGAGACAUCAGAGGUGCCUGUGGAGGAUCAGCGUUUGAUUGUCAGUGUCCCAUCAGCUCUGCACUCUCAGAAGCCUUCGCUGUCAGAGGUGCUGAAGCCAUACAUUGGAGCUGAAGACAAGUGCUUGGAGCUGUUUGCACGAAGUCUUCAACCAGGAUGGACCAGCUGGGGCAACGAAGUGCUCAAAUUUCAGAAUGUUAGCUAUUUCAAUUUGACACCUGUAGAUGAAAAAGCAGAAGUUGAGGAUGACCGCACAGCCAAAGAAAAACAAGCACAAGGGUUCGAUUCACCUGGGAAAACCUGACCUCCUGACCGGUGUCUCUCCACUGAUGUCUGUUGCCUGUGGAUGCACCAGGCCAUGAUGAUGUGUGUGCAGAAGGUGUUGGCGUCACAGUGUGCAGGAAUCACGCCUGGUGAAACGAAGGAGGAGCCAGUCCAAGUCACCCCACUGUGCCCAGAGCCUCCAGGUGAUGCAAGCCCCCGAAGCACACAGGACAUCAGAACAUCGUCAGGUGAAGUGGCCCCAAGCUAGAAAGGACAAGGAGUGGCUCCAGUUCGAUAAAGACAUCGAUACCAUCUUGGAAGCAACUGCCAAAGGAGAAGCUGGACGACGCCUCAAGACAAUCACCACAAUUAUCAUCAGCCUAGCUGUAGAGAGGUUCUGGCAAGAGGACAAGCGAAUAGCAAAGCCCCCUACACCAUGAACAAAAGAGCGAGAAAGAUACAUAAACUAAGACAGGAACUGAAGAGCCUAAGGCAGCAGUUCAAGGUUUCGAGUGAAAAGGAGAGGGGACCUCCUGCAGAGCCACGUAGCAAAAUCUGCAAGAAGUUAAUUACCUUGAGGAGAGCCAAGUGGCACAGCAGGAGGAGGAAGGAGAGGUCCAGAAGGCGAGCCGCCUUCCUAGCGAAUCCAUUUGCGGUCACAGCUGCUAAGAGAGAAGCGCAGUGGUCAACUCGCCUGCUCUAAAACAGAGGUCGACCACUACCUCAAGGAGGCUUACAGCGAUGAAUGUAUAGAGCAAGAUAUUGGUCCCUGUCGGGCCCUGAUCAAUCCAUCUGCACCAGAGCAGGAAUUUGAUGGGAAGGAGCCCAGCUGGAAGGAGAUCCAGGAGGUGGUCAAAAGGGCAGGAGCAAGCUCUGCUCCUGGGCCCAGCAGAGUACCUUACAAGGUUUAUGAGAACUGUCCAAGGCUACUUACUGGACUCUGAGGGCGAUCUAGUGGAGGGGUAAGGUAGCAAACCAGUGGAGACAAGCAGAGGGUGUGUGGAUCCCAAAGGAGGAUAAGUCCAAAAAUAUCGAUCAGUUCCAAAACAUGUUGCUAUUGACUGUUGAAGGGAAGAUCUUCUUCAACACCAUCGCCAGGCGACUGACAGAAUACCUUCUGAAGAACUCCUGUAUUGAUAACUCAAUCCAGAAAGGAGGGAUCCCGAAAGUACCAGGGUGUCUGGAGCACAAACACAUGGUCACACAGCUUAUUAGGGAAGUCAGGGAGAACAAAGGGGACCUGGCAGUACUAUGGCUCGACCUCACAAAUGCCUACAGAUCCAUACCCCACAAGCUGGUAGAACAGGCAACGAGCCGGCUUUAUAUUCCAAAGACGUUCAGAGACCUCAUCAAGGACAGUGUUAGGGUUGAUUGUUUGAUUUUGUAUUAAAAUUAUUAAAUAAAGCAGUUUUAAUUAUUUUAUUUAUACACAAUUCAAAUGUGCUCAUAAACGAGUUGGCGUUCCGUGUUUUGAGGGUCAUAAACUUCGCCUGGCACUAUGACUGGGCUGAAAUACUGCAUGUACGCGUAGAGUGCAGAGGGUUUUUUGUACCAAUGCUUAUAUACACUAAUAAUGGUUAGAAUAAGUAUCUCUGGGCCAGAGAGUCCGAACAAGUCCUGAACCAGACCUAGAAUCAGUAGAGGAACAAUGAAUAAUAACAGAUAGAUAAUCAAGGCUAUGCAGGGUGUGUUUUUGUGUCUAUGUCUUUCUGAUUCCAGGAGGAGUGGAUAUGAGGCAUGGAGUGGAUUCAAAAGGAGCCAUCAGGAUGGGUCCUGGGAGAAGAUAACCAUAAUAAUCUUUGUUAUUGUUGCAGUAUAUAAACUGCCUGAUGAUGGUCAUCUUUUCCGUGAAACAGUUCGCUGGUUUACACAAAAGUUCGGCGCUGUAAAACUUGUAAUUUCAAACGCCGAAGCAAAUGAAAUCUUUUUAAACAACAGAUAUUUUGUUGAGUCUGUGCUUCCACAGGUCCCGCUAGUUUAGAAACUUAUUCUCGUGAAGGACGAAGACAAGACAGAACAUCUUCAACCGGUCUUUUACUCGCUAGCGAGGGAAGGCUGAUUGGAACCAGGCCCCCAGAGCUUAACGCUCCUCACCUGUCUCCAGCCCAACUCCUUCAAAAAGCAGCCCUCCUCGUAGCCUUUCAUUGAAAACACAGUUGCAACACACACAACAGUUUACACAAGCACCUCCCACCGUAACCCCCCCCCCAAUGGUU